AUGGCGUCUACAGCAUUUCCCUCCUUAGCGAAAAAGGUCCAGCUCUCCGAUGGCACAACUUACGGCUAUGUCGCUGUGCCUCCUUCGACUCCAGACCAUGUCUCCUUUCUCCUUCUUCAUGGAUAUCCUUCUUCAUCGUAUGACUGGCGUCACCAGAUAACUGGCUUGCAGAAAGCUGGAUAUGGUAUUAUUGCGCCGGAUCUUCUCGGCUACGGCGAUACUGAUAAACCCACUGAUCUCAACGCUUAUCGCAACAAAACCAUGAGCAAGCAUAUCAUUGAGAUACUGGACAGAGAAGGUAUAGAGAAGGCAGUCAUGGUUGGGCACGACUGGGGAGUUGGCCUUGCAUCCCGUCUAGCAACAUACCAUCGUGACCGAUUCUACGGUCUAGUCACAAUCGCCGUUGCAUACAUUGAACCAGGCGUGACCUGGAAUGUCGACUCUAUCUGCGAAACUACCAAAAACAUAGUUGGCUACGAAACCUUCGGCUACUGGAAAUGGCACAACACCGCCGAGGCCGCUCAAGACUGCAACAACCAUCCCGCCUCAACCUUCACCCUCCUCUACCCCCACAACCCCCUCCUUUGGAAAUCCGACUUCGCCCCAACCGGCAAAGCAGCCGAAUUCAUCCGCUCCGGACGCAUAGCUCCCCUCCCGUCGUGGUUUCCUCUCGAUGAAUAUACCAUCCAUGAUCGUAUUUUCUCCAAGGGUGGCUAUGCCGGGCCCCUGUCGUGGUAUAAGGCUGCUAUUGCGGGUGUUGAUGCGGAAGAUGAAGCUGCUAUCCCUAAGGAAGAUAGGCUGUGUCCAGUGCCGAAUUUGUUCUUGGCGGCGAAGCAGGAUUAUGUCUGUCGGGCGGAUUUGCAGAGUAUUUCUACCCGGGAGGUGGCUCCGAAUGGGAGGAUUGAGGAGAUUGAUACCGGGCAUUGGGUGCAAUUGGAGGAGCCGGAGGUGGUGAAUCGUUUGCUGGUGGAGUUUGCGGUUGAAGUGAAGGGGAAGGAGUGA